AUGACCGGACGCGGUGGCGGCGGUGGUCGCAAGGUUCUCCUGCCUCCCAUCAACAUGAUCUUUAGGCUUCUCCAAAGCAACACGCCCGUCAGCGUCUGGCUGUACGAGCAGCUGUCCAUCCGUAUCGAGGGAAAGAUUAGGGGAUUUGACGAGUUCAUGAACCUCGUUCUCGACGACGCCGUCGAGGUCAAGCAGAUUACCAAGACGAAUGACAAGGAGACGCGGCGAUCAUUGGGGCAAAUCAUGCUCAAGGGUGACAAUGUGUCUCUGAUUCAGAGCAUCCAGGGUUAA